GUGAUAUUUUGCUUUAUUAAUGUAGAUAUUUCCCGUACCCCCCACUAUUCCAUCUUCACAUCUUGGGUCGAGCGAUGUAUAUGGAUGGGUAGCCUUUUCACUUUGGACGUUGUCUGCUCCUCGUUUGCGAGCGCAGUACUGUUCCUCGCAGAAUCUUUCUCCUCGACUUCCUCUCCGGGUUCGCUAUCGGCGUUCUACGGGCCUCGCGGGCCUCGAAUAUGUGGUGGGAUUCGGCUCAGCCCGACACAAGUCCUUCGGACCCUAUCUUCGUGGUUUGAGUCUGCCCAGCAUGCCACCCUUGGCGGCUUUUUUUCAGCCGGUGCAGCGCUCUCUUAGAUUCCCUCCUUGGUAUCGCCAACCCCCUGAGCAUAUCAACGAUGGCAACGGCAGGCCGGGCGACGUGAAGAUAUACGAGCCCCUCGUCUCAAAAGCCAUAGAUGUCGAAGAGGCUGAAAUCGAUCGCCUGAUUUUCACCGACCCAGGCUUCAGCGCACUGCCGCGGAAGCCUCGGAGGCCACGGUUCUUCCCAAGUUGCUUUGCUUGCGUGGUGCUGGUGCUAUUCUUCUGCAUGCUGGGGACCGGAGUUCUACUAUUCCGGAGGCUUCUCAGACACAGCACCGUGUACGUCUACCUCUAUAAUGAGGAUGUCAUACCAAUCCCGUGUCAUUCCCAUAACGACUACUGGAGACAAGAGCCAGUCUUCACCGCUCUGCGAGCGGGUUGUGUUAGUAUCGAAGCCGAUGUGUGGCACCUGGGGCAGGAGGAACUCUAUAUUGGCCACAGGAUAUGGGAGCUGCGCGAAAGUAACACCUUUACCCGCAUGUACAUUGAUCCUCUGGUCAAGCUUCUCGAGGAGAAGAACAGCGCGUUGGACAAUGGGCUGAACACGACGGCCCGCGGAGUGUUUGAUAUGAACCCGUCACAGACCUUGGUCCUCCUGGUGGAUCUAAAGACGAGGCCAGAACACACAUGGCCGGUAGUGGUCCGGCAACUCGAGCCGUUGCGACGACGGGGUUGGCUCAGCUCCACCACGGACGGGCAUGUCCGGUACGGCCCAGUUACCGUGGUUGGCACAGGCGAGACCGACUUUGGAUUGCUGAUGCAGAACUCUACGUACCGCGACUACUUCUUCGAUGCGCCCAUCGACGAGCUAGAGGGCUCCAGUUUCGGCGUCUGCAACUCGUACUACGCGAGCCAAUCGUUCAGUGAAGCCAUCGGCUGGGUAUGGUUAGGCAGCUUAUCGCGAAGCCAGCUAGAUAUGCUGAGGAGGCAAGUAGCUGAAGCGCACAGGCACGGCCUCAGAAUACGGUAUUGGGGGCUGCCAUCGUGGCCUAUCAGUGUGCGGAACCAUAUCUGGGGCGUACUCAUCAAGGAGGGAGUCGACAUGAUCAACGUCGACGACGUCCAAGGGGCCGAGAGAGUGUGGAAGGCGAUGGGUUGGCCGACGCUGCAGAACGCAACUCUUCCAAGCCAACCAUGCCCGGAAAUGGAGGGGCGGGAGGUAAACUCUUCAGCGUCGGGCCGUCCGGGCUGCAGGAGGUCUGCAUGAUGCUUCUGCUUGAUGGUUUACCUUGGCUGGGACGACGGAAUGGGGGCCAAACAGAUGGGGGCCAAUCUCCAAAAGCGUCAUCGGCUAGGGGAGGCUGCAGCGAUAGACAUCCGUGUCUUCGGUGGCAGACGUUUAACAGGCAAUUACCCACUCGGUGCGCUGGCGAGUCGCAUCCUGGGAGAAACAGGCAACCCGAUCCACUUCAGACCAUUGCGGAUUGCUCUGUACGUAUACCUAUCCGUACCGACCAC